AUGGAGCUUUACCACGACCACAGUCGUUCCGACGAACAUGUACGGGCCCUGCAGAAUAUGAUCGCGCAAGAACAGAACAUCCUGCCAUCCCUGCCUCCGCGUUCACCCCCACUUGCGGCACCACCUACUGCUGUCCCCUUCAGCUACGAUGGCUCCAGGCCUACCACGUCCUGCGACCUGUUUCAGAUUGCGGGUCAACCACUGGAUGAUGGGGAGGGGCUCGUGAUCGACUUUGGUGUGGUGGAAAUGGAUAGCUCGAUUCGGGCGGAAGAUUCCACAGUGCGGAACCUUCUGUUGAAGACCUCGGAUGGACGUUUCAAUUUGAUUGACUUACCAUUCGUUUCUGCGAGCGAGGAAACUGCUACAUCGAACACACGUGCCAGUUUCACAGCCACUGUGGGUCAGCAGUCACGGGUCGUCCGGCCGAAUGUCGAUGUUCCCGUGGUGCUCCGCAUUGUCGCCUUCGGGGAGGGCUUGCACAAGGACAAGUUCGAGAUCGAGGUCCAUGACUUCUCGAGCCAGACGUCCCACCUCAUCACCCUCACAGUACGAGCGGUGGUCGGCUCAAGAGCCGAUUAUGACAUCUUGAAUUCUCGUAGACGCCACGGCCCUCCUCCCGCGGCGCUGAAUAUUGCCUUCGCAGGACCCAGUAUCCGUAACGUUCGACCGGACUCAUGGACGGCGCCAGAAUGGAAAGUGAAGCUGCCUCAUUAUCCGGUGCCAGGGAGCAUGAGGGCCAUGUUCGAGUCUGGGGAGCUUACGGCGGGGGUCUUUGGAGAAGAGUUUAUGCCGAAGCCGUUCGACAUCACCACGUAUGCGAAGCAUUUUGGCUCCUUGACAUAUUUGUCCGAGCUUUUCGACAGACGGGAACUGGCCCGACACGGUUUGGCGGGUAUGUCUGUUCAGAGCAGACACCCAUAUUACUACGUUCCGAUCCCAGGCAUCGCUGAUCGAAGGCCUAAACUCCACGUCGGUGACUACAUCAGAGUAAAGAAGGCUAAAUCCUCCGCCGAGAGCCCCGACUUUGAAGGUCGCAUCGUACGAAUCGAGCGAGCUGGCGCUGUCGUUUCGUUCAGCGACCGUUUCAGGGCUCCCCAGGGAGAAAAGUUCGACGUCCAGUUCAAGUUUAACACGAUGCCCUAUCGACGCCAGCACAGAGCGCUGGAGUUUGUCUCGGAGUUUCCCCGCUUUCUCUUUCCGGAACCAGAUCCAGGCAUCGUACCUGAAGACAUACAAGUAGAACUACCCCGCACGUCAGAAAUCGCUGGAAACUUUGAGCAGUCGCAGGCCAUUCGGGCGAUCGUGCGAGCGCCACCAGGAUCUUCGCCUUUCAUCAUCUUCGGACCGCCAGGAACUGGGAAGACUUCGACAGUAGUCCAGACGAUCCACCAGCUUCUUGCCAAAAGUCCCGAUGUUCGCGUCCUGGCGUGCAGCCCGCAGAACUCCUCUGCGGAUCACAUCGCCAUCAAGCUCGCCAUGGGGCCCGCUCAGCUUGACACCAAGGUGCUCUUCAGGCUGAACGCACUCUGGCGAGGAAGGGGACAGGAAAACGAUGCACUUGAAGCAGACAAGUACCCUAGAAUACUCGACCCCUAUUCCGAGAUCAACGAGCACAAUGUGUUCGCGUUUCCCGAGAAGGAGAAGCUGGCCUCCUUCCGAGUCGUAGUUUCCACUUGCUCUUCCGCAGGUGUCGCCGAAGGCCUUGGUAUUCCCCGAGGGCAUUUCACCCACAUUAUCAUCGACGAGGCAGUGCAAUCCGUCGAGCCCGAGACGCUGGCGGCAAUUCUGCCUUUGGCUGACGAGCACACCAACAUUGUUCUUGCGGGAGACCCGAAACAACUCCCGCCGUCUUGUCACUCGAACGUUGCCAAGGAGUUCGGGCUUCAUAUCAGUUAUUUGCAACGUCUCAUAGGGUUACCUUUGUAUAGCAAUGUGCGCGACAUGAACGGAUCUGUUAUAAUGCUCCGAGAAAACUUCAGAAGCCACCCGGCGAUCAUGCACGUCUCCAACCAGAUUUUCUACGAAGGAGAGCUACGACCCAUGGGGAACCCCGAUAUUCACAUGUUCGAAGACGCGCCUUUUGUGGAAGGCAGGUUCCCUGUUGUCUUCCACAGCGUCAUCGGGGAGGAGAAGCGUGACAAGGGAUCUCCGUCGUACUACAACAAUAGCGAGGCGGUCAUCGUGAAAAGGUACUGCCAGAUGCUCAUUGAAGGGUAUACUGUGGGCGAAGAAACUUUCAAAAUCGCCCCGGAGGACAUAGGGAUCAUCUCGCCAUACCACGCUCAGCGAUAUGCUAUCAAUGACUUGUGCGGGUGGGAAGGUCUCAAGAUUGGCACGGUUGAGUCAUUCCAGGGUCAGGAGCGCCGGGUCAUUAUUGUGUCCACGGUGCGCACUCGCAGGCUUGGCUUCAUGUCUGAACCUCAACGCAUGAACGUUGCGCUCACGCGUGCGCGUGCACUCCUCAUUGUGGUUGGAAAUCCUCUGCUCCUUUGCAGGGAUCCGCACUGGCGGUCAUUCCUCCUUUACACGAGCCAGCACUCUGGCUGGCGUGGCAAUCCACGUCCAGAAACGAUCCCUGGGCUGUCAGAAGAGGUCAUUCAAGCCCGAAACAAUGCCAUGCUUUCCAACCAGCGAUCAGAUAAAGCCAGGGCGGAGGCGGAGGCGUUACUGGCAAGAUUUCGCGCAGUCACCGAUGUUGUGCCACCACCUGUUAUGUCUGACUAGAUCUGACUUUUGAUAUUUGGUCGGAGUUUUGAUUUCC